CAGCAGUAGAAAGUGUGUCACUGGGACACGAGGCUCUCCCUAGGAGUCACAUGGUGGAUGUUCCUGAGCCGCGUGUUGGUGUCUGCGCAGUUGCAAGGAGAGAGUGAGCUUUGGCAGAUUAACAUUUUGCAGGAGAAGAGAGAGGCAGUGGCAUAAUCGAGCUCCGGCUGGCGUGAGAGAAUCUUUGCACGCGCAGUCAAGCUCCAGUUCUUUCCCAUCUAAGUGCCGGUGCAAAUUACGAAGUUUAAAGAAGCAAAUCGCCAUCAUCCCGUGCAAGCAUUGCAACAUAACUUCGGGCAGGGGGGAAAAAAGAAAGAGGAGAGGAAGAGAGCAGUUCUUUGCUUUCCUCCCUCCUCACUAAUCGAAUCUCAACUUGCAUCAUCGCUUGAUAUGAAUGACAACUAUCAUCUGAACAGAAUGGCGACUUUGGAUGACAACAACAACGCUCCAGGUGGUGUGAUCAGUUACAUUGGUUCAAAUGGAUCUUCCCCAAGUUGCACCAGUCCCAUUUCUUUGUGUGGCAGUGACAGUUUGAAUGGCAGCUGCCAACUGUCAUCCCAUCCAGCGUUUCCCAACUACUUCCCACCUUCGCCCACUGGAUCUCUGGUGAAAGAUUCUGGACGUCUCUACGGGGGUGGUUCAGCUGGACUUUGUGAUGAUGCUUCCCCAUCGUCAUCGUCAUCUUCCUCCUCUUCCUACAGCUCUGGAGGUUCUCCAAUGGGACUCCAAGUGACCUUGGAUGAUGGGAGGCGUGUCUCCCCUAUCAAAAGCACCACCAGCAGCAGCAUCACGAAACUCAAUGGGAUGGUCCUUCUAUGUAAAGUUUGUGGUGAUGUUGCUUCCGGCUUCCAUUAUGGUGUCCAUGCCUGUGAAGGCUGCAAGGGUUUCUUUCGGCGCAGCAUUCAGCAGAACAUCCAAUAUAAAAAGUGCCUGAAAAACGAGACUUGCAGCAUUGUCCGCAUUAAUCGGAAUCGUUGCCAGCAGUGUCGCUUUAAGAAGUGCCUGAGGGUUGGCAUGUCUCGUGAUGCUGUACGAUUUGGGCGCAUCCCCAAGCGUGAGAAGCAAAGGAUGCUGGCUGAGAUGCAGAGUGCAAUGAACAUGGCUAAUAACCAACUGAGUGCACAGUGCCUCCCUGAGAAUCUGCCCACAGGGCAUCCACAGUCCAGUACUCUCUUGCUGGGCCAUCAGUCUCAACUGGCACCUUCUUCCCCACCUUCCCGUGUAGCCUCCCCACCCCAGACAUUUCCUUGCUUCUCCCAGUUUUCUCAGCAGUUAACACCUCCACGAUCCCCAAGCCCUGGAGAUGUCAUGGAGGAUGUCAUCGCACAAGUGGCUAAAGCCCACAAAGAGAUUUUUGUUUAUGCCCAUGACAAACUGGCUACGGGGCCCCACCCACCAACAGGGAGUAACAGUUCUCCUAGUUGGGACAACAACUGGUUGGUCAAUGGCUAUCACACCAGUGGGCUGCAUCUUCAAAAUGACAAUUGGAACCCUGGCUCUGCCUCUAGCCCUGCUUGUCACCAGCAUAUCAAUGGACAUAGGUUUUGUCCCUCUGGGGAAACAGACUUCUCCCUUAGGCAAGGCGAAACCAAAGUCUUGGCGUGCCCAAUGAAUUGUCAUCCUCAUGGUUACAGUGGCCGCACAGUUCAGGAGAUUUGGGAGGAUUUCUCACUGAGUUUUGUGUCAGCUGUACGAGAAGUUGUGGAAUUUGCUAAACACAUUCCGGGAUUUCGGGAGCUGUCACAACAUGACCAAGUCUCACUACUCAAAGCUGGCACAUUUGAGGUGCUAAUGGUUCGGUUUGCCUCCCUUUUCAAUGUCAAGGAGCAGACUAUAACAUUCACCAGUCACACAAAGUACAACCUUGAAGAGUUGUGGGGGAUGGGCAUGGAUGACUUGUUAAUAUCCAUGUUUGAGUUCAGUGAGAAGCUUAGUGCCUUGCAACUAUCUGAAGAAGAACUAGGCCUCUUCACAGCAGUGGUGCUGAUCUCUGCAGAUCGCUCAGGCAUCGAGAACCCAGCAUCAGUGGAGCAGCUACAGGAAACACUGAUCCGGGCGCUGCGAGCCCUCAUCCUCAAGAAUCACCCCCAGGAAACAUCCCGCUUUACUAAAUUGCUUUUGAAACUGCCUGAUCUACGCACCCUCAACAUGCACUCCGAAAAGCUGCUCUCCUUCCGCAUUGAUGCUCAGUAAAAGAUAGCGCAGGCAGAAAUACUGCGAGUCCAGGCUCCUGACCAAUUAUCCUUGCUUUAUUGCACUAACCAGACUAUUUUGGGCCUGGAUAUGGCUAUUUAUGUGGGGGUAGCAGCUGCUCCUCCUGCCUGCUCAGAAAUAAACAGCACAACCGCCUUUGUAAAUAUAUCUGUGUAUAUUGGAACUGUGUGAAGAGAAUAUCCCUCUUCCUGGCUAUGGUGCCAAUUUCAGGAGAAAAAUACAAUGAAAGCAAACUGGAUGGUUGUCGUCCUCUUUUUGUUCAUUUCUUGCUCUCCUAAGUUGAAACUACGGUGGGAAUUGGGAUCAAGUGUGGCAUGAUCCUCAUGAUCCUUUGGCUGCUACCAGAAGGAAAACAAGUCUUAGAUACAGGCAGGUAACUGGAGCCCCAUUUGUUUUUUCUAGGGAGGGUGAUGUGGUAUGAAGUCCUGUAAAAACCACUAGGUGAAAAGGCUCAUCUGCCUUAUUGUUUCCUUAAAAUGUUCCAUCUUUUAUGUUUUCCUUUCUGGUGUAGGAGACCUAUGAAACCCUUUGUAAUAGAUGCCACUUCCAGGCAAACUAAUUUUGAAAUAAUACCCCGUUAGUAGGAAUGCAAGAGAACUAAACCACCUUCUUUGAAAUACUCCUGUCUAGCAAAAAGAAAAAGAAAAAAGGAAUAAACCAUCAUCCAUCCUCAGAUUAAAUUGAAAUAAAAUGAGGCGAUGAUGUCAGUUGGCCUCUUUUUCCACAUCCUGAAUUCUUGGUGAACUUUCUGUGUGUAGUGGAACUGAGGUUGUACUCAUUAAGGGAGGCUUGAUGGGUACAAUGGUAGAACAAUUGUAGAACAAUUUCAGCCCCAACCCUGUACUCAAGUUUUGGCAGUUAAAAGAAAGGAUGUUAUAUACCAGCCACCAUUUACCAGAAAUGAGACACCAAAAGUCAGUUGGGGCUGUGAGGUUUUUUUUGUCUUUGUUUAAGGGUAGGUUUGUUUGUUUUUUAAUCAUAUAUUUAUUACAUAAAUAUAUAGUAAAAUAGACCAGCAACAAUUACCAUAAAAAUAUCUUUCUUUAAAAUCCUGACCAAAAACACAAAAAGGGUUAUUUUUUUUCCCCUGCCCCAGACUUUUCAGGGUUAUUUUUUUUUCAAAAUCGCACGUCACAGACAAAUUGUGAUUGUCGUUAUUUUUUUACAUCAGCAGCUUCCUGCUUCCCAGAUGCAAAAAAGGAAAAGGAAAGGAAAGAAAAACAGAAACAGAAAAAAGAAAAGACAGUAAGGGAGAAGGGGGAAAGGGGUGAGGCAGAGGGAACACUUUCCCCAUCUGGUUUUUCUUUCCCUCUGAACUCUUCCCCCCAACCCAACCCCCCCCCCUUCAGAAAACCCCAUCUCCCAAAUGUACAUUCACUAACUCCCUGCUCACAGUUUCUUUCCCUGCUCUGGACUGCGAGGGAAAAACCACGAUGCAUAGUAUAUUGGGGUUUAAGUAUAAAGUUAAGUACAAAGUUGUCUCCUUAUUGGAAACUCCUUUCUAUUCUCCCAUAAUCUUUGAUGAUAAUCUAGAUCCAAAAUUUUAAAAAAAAACACCCUUUCAGAAAGAAAGACUGGCUGGGGUGUGUGUCAAGAAGAUAGUGGGAUAUCAUUUAUAGGACUGCAUGAGGUAUGUGUUGGCAAAGAAAUACUGAAAGGAGGUAUGGGAAUAAUCAUCAGUGUCUCUCCAUGAACAAAUCUAUAAUGUGAAAAAAAAAAUCUACUUCUUACCCACAAAUUUUCAGUCAUUAAGUGCCCUGCAUGGAUGGAGGAAGAAACUUAGGGGCAUUGUGUCCUGAAAAGCAACACCUUUUACUACAGAUUGCAAAGGAUUUUGCUUCUCCAGGAAGGGUGGCUCCCACCCCCAUAGAGGUGGCACAGCAUACAAAAGAGGUGGGAGAGAUACUGUGUUCCUUGCACUGAACUUUGGGCAAAAUGUGAGCAUGCCAUGAUGGGGGAGAAUGACACCUGAGGUGGCAGAGUAUCAAAGUAUGAACUAUCGUGGGAGGGAUUCACACCCUGAGAUCUUUGCAUCACUUUAAGGAUAAGUUAUGACCUAGGCAGCAGCCAAUGUACCUUCCUACCCCAGCUGACAUAAAAUGAGGGACACUGCCCUCUAUAGGUAAGUGGGCACAUAGGAGUAAAGUCAGAGGCCUCCUUUCUCCAUUAGCAGCUUUCUUGUGUAGAGUGUCUUGCAUAUAUAAAUCUUUAGUACAAAGAGGGAAAAAGGAAAUUCUACUUUUCUGCAUUCAAACUCCAUAUGGAAAAGCUAUUUCAGCUCCCCUUACGAGGUGGUGUUACGUAUGUGCUGGUGAUGGAGAGAAGAGAGUUUUAAAUGAGGACUACAAUCCAGAUCCUAAAAAGACAUUUACAGGUAGUCCUUAACUUAUGAUCAUUUGAAGUUAUGAUGGUGUUGAAAAAAGUGACUCAUGACAGUCCUUGAUCUUAUAAUCACUGCAGCAUUUCUGCGUUCAUGUAAUCACAAUUUUGGUUCUAGGCAAUUAGCAUGUAUUUGUGAUUGUUGCAGCAUCCUAGGAUCAUGUAACCACCAUAUGUGACCUUCCCAGCUAAUUUGCGAUAAGCAAAGUCAAUGGGGGAAGUCAGAUUUGUUUAACAGUUGAAUGAUUCAGUAAUAACAGCAGCAAAAAGGUCAUGAAAUCAAAUGUGACUUGCUUAAUGACUGCAUCACUUAGUGACACGCUUCAGUUCCAAUUGUGAUUUUAAGUUGAAGACUACUGUGCCAUUUUAGCUUAAGGGGGGUGCAAAAUGCAUUCAUUCCUCACAGCUGAUGAAGUGGUGUUGCCCAGGCUGAAAAGGUUUACUUUGGCUAUAAUGUUUUAAGUAAUCAAGUAAUCCCUGUGAAAAAGGGGCUCUUGCCUUUUCCUUGUAAGAUAUAACCAAAUGAAGUUGGCUGUUUUACAACAUGCUAUUAUUUGAUCAUACUCCAAAGGUAUGGAUUGAAACUAUAAAGAAACUUUGAAUUAAUCUAGUAUUGUAAAUUCUAGCUGAAGUGAUAAUCUGUGCUAGUUCAUUCACAAACCUAUUGCUAUCUAACCAUGUUAUCUAACAAGCCACUAUUAUAAAAAUGUCAACCGGAUCAUCAUCCAAAGACUCAUGGUCUCAAAAGAUGAAAAAUCAUUUUCUUAAUUUUAAAUACCUCAGGCUGGCUUUCUAUCUUUAAAAAAAAGAAACCAAAAACUUAGUUUCUCAAAUUAUUAAUGGGAAUACAUAAUUUAGCCAGAUCACUUCAGCCUGCUAGGCAAGAACAAUGAAGGGUUCAUAGCUCUACACUGGGUGCUAAGCUGAAAUCACAGAAAUGUUUCUAAUUGGACAGACCAUCUCUCAUACCUUUCAGAGUAUCAUAGGGACAAUUAAACACAUCAACUAAAGUAGUAUAAUAAUUAGCCAAGUCGAAUGAACUAAAAUAGCUGACAUUUCUGUCUCCCCCUACACCUGCCUUUCAUUUGAGACAUUGGCAGGAGGCUUUGCAUGUAUGUUGUGCAAAGUGCAGAUGGGGUUUAACACUUUGUAUACAUAGGAUAUCUGCACACAGUUGAAAGAACUAUACUUAUCAAAUACAUAUGCUCUAGAUGAAGUCAAGCAGGAAGUUCUGCACAAGCUCAGUGAAAUGAAUGAGUAGUCCCACUCAUUUCAGGUAGUGUUUAGAAACUGUUUCUUUUCAGUUCAACUACAUGUAUUAUAUAUACACAUAAAUAUGUUCAGGCUCCUUCAUCCAAGGUCAUAUCAUUUGUGACUAUUUUCUCAGGACUAUAAAGCCAAUCUUACAUCUUGAAGUUCAGUAUGUGUAGGAAAUUCAUAAAGGAGAGUACCAAAAUACUAUUUUAUAGAGGCUGUACUAUUUGAUAUAAGGCAAUGAGGAAUUAUUAUCCUGCCCCCUCCUUCCUGAUAAUCAGGGGCAUCUUUACAUGCUUUGUAGAUUUCAAACAUAAGAUGUUCCAGUUACACCUUUUCAAGGCAGAACUAGUUUACAAGUUGGGUUACAUAUAAAAUAUUUACAGAAUUACAAAUGCUGAACAGACUGUUCACUUGAUUGUUGUGUGAAAGUGUGUCCUUGCUGGCAACUUAUACAGUAUUAUUAAGGCUUCUGGAAAAAUGAGUAUAGAAAACUAACGUCAAGAUGGGGUAGCACUGAGCCUCGAAUGGUAGUUCAGCUGCCCUGACAAGAUGGGGGAAUCUGAGACAUUGGUGAAGUGAGGGCAAAUGACAAACAUGUUUGAGACAGAAACAAACAAGAAUGAAAAAAAUGGGGUAAGGUUACAGCAAGAAGGAAAAUGUCUGCAAACAUACAGAAACACAUAUAUCUACAUAUAAGAUAUACCUCAACUCUGCCACAAAUGUUUGGCAGAAAUGUUUGAACCCAGAGAACAGGCAAGGCUCAGUACUUCUAGCUUUUAGAUAUAUUCUGCCAGGCACAGCAAGAAUUCUCAGUAUGGGAGAGAACAAACCUGCCUAUAAACAAGGAAUACAAAACUGGCAUGAUAGAAGCAGAAAGACACUGUUGUGUGUAUGAGAUAGGGACCUUCUUUUCAUAGAGAAGCAAAUUUGUAUUAGAUAUGUUUGUUACCUCUUAAGAAUAUUAAAAUGCAUACAAAGUCUAUUAACUCAAAACCACAAGAUUGGACACCCAUACAUCUGAGGUAAUUUACACCGCAAAUUCACAAGUCCCUCAUUUACAGUAUUACAAGUAAAACCUGCACAUUUAGACAUGAGCCAAUGCUGAUAGGGUGUUCAGGACACAUCUGGGGUCACCAUAAACCAGAGUGUAUCUUUCUCAUAUAUCAGGAAGAUGUUUAUGUAGGAACACCACCAACAAUCAGAAUAACAAACCCAUUGAGAUAAAGAAUACAUGUGACCUCAGCAGGGUCUCCUGGCAGUAGUACAGUGCCUAAACUGUUUCAUGGCUUGUGCCUUUGCUCAGUCUACAAAAAGUGCAGAACAACCUGCCUUUGGAUGGCACUCAAUUUUUCUUAUGCUGCCCAAAUUUUAAAAAAACAGAAACAAUCUGUUAGGGCCCUGGGCUGCCAAAGAUGAUGAUGCACCUUAAAGUACAUAUAGUACAGGGGGCAAGGAAAACUCAUCUCAACCCCCUCCCCUCCCAAAAGAAGGUAGGGUAUUAAUUCUAAAUGAAGAUGGGAUUUGGAAUAAGGUAAUGACAGGAGGAUUGUUUGAGAUCUGUUUUUGAGCUUCUGGGUUAAGGGGUAAAUUGCAAAUUAGUUACCUAUGCAAACCUUUUCAGCCUGGCAAGAAGGGUUAUAAGUGGCAAGAGAGGCAAGGUUUCUGCAGCC